UAACCGGUGAAAUGAAAACCUGCAUUCUUGGGGGCGGGGGAUAAUCCUUUCCUCAGAAAGCCAGAUACACACGGUACACACGCAAAGAUCGAGGGGUUUUUAAAAGCCAAUACAAGGUGGGAGAAGAGGCUGGAAGCAGUUACUGCUAACCAACGUGGCAGAGCGGCACGGAAGAAUUAAAAGAAAUCUGACCAUAAGCCACGCCGCCUCCAGCCCAAGCUACACAACACCACACAAUCCUGGGCACAGACGGCUGCAGUUAUGAAAACGCUAGUCAAACUCUGGGCUCCGAGACCCAUUUGGAACCCGAAGCUACUUUGGAAGUCGUUCCGUAAAGACGGCAGGGCGUCUGCGUCGCUCGACCUUGCCGAGCUCGAAGCCAUUAACCGGUGUGAAAAGGAGGUCCCCGAGUAUUUUAAUUUCGCAAACGACGUUCUGGACAAGUGGUCGCAGAUAGAAAAGGAGGGAAACAGACCUCCUAACCCUGCCUUGUGGUGGAUCAACGGCAAAGGGAGCGAAGUGAGAUGGAGCUACGAAGAGCUGGCAGCCCUGUCGAGGAAAGCGGCCAACGUCCUCAUGGAUCCGUGUGGUCUACAAAGAGGAGACCGGGUGAUCCUCAUUCUGCCUCGCGUACCAGAAUGGUGGCUGCUAAAUGCAGCCUGCAUUCGGACAGGGAUUAUCUUCAUUCCGGGGACACCUCUACUGACCGCCAAAGACAUCCUGUUCCGACUGCAGGCUUCUAAAGCCAAGGGCAUUAUCACCAACGAGAACCUGGCCCCAGUGGUAGAUUCUGUUUCUUCGUCUUGCCCCUUUCUGAGGACAAAGCUCCUGGUCUCUGAAGGCAAGAGAGGCGGCUGGCUGAAUUUCAAGGAGCUCCUUCGAGCGGCCCCUUCCAGCCACGACUGCGUGAAAACCAAGAGCGAUGAACCCAUGACUAUCUACUUCACAAGCGGAACCACGGGGUCUCCCAAGAUGGCAGAGCAUACCCACAGUAGCUUUGGCAUUGGGUGUGCCUUGCCUGCAAGGUACUGGCUGGAUUUGAAACCAUCAGAUAUCAUGUGGAAUAUGUCCGACACAGGUUGGAUCAAGGCCGCCAUAGGGAGUGUUUUUGCUCCAUGGCUUCGUGGCUCCAGCGUCUUCAUACACCACAUGCCGCAGUUCGAUCCCAGAGAGAUUCUGAAUACUCUGGUCAGGUACCCCGUAACUACCAUGUGCAGUGCUCCGACCGGCUAUCGGAUGCUGGUCCAACAGGAUCUUACAGGUACUCCUAGCUACAGGUUCAAGAGCCUAAAGCACUGCUCGACAGGAGGGGAGUCGCUCAACCCCGAAGUGCUGGUGCAGUGGAAAAAACAAACAGGGCUGGACCUCUAUGAAGGCUACGGACAGACCGAAGUGGGGGUGAUAUCACUAAUGGAAAAAGGAAAGGAAAUUAAACCUGGCUCUAUGGGUAAGCCGGUUGCAUCGUAUGACGUUCAGAUCAUAGAUGCCAAUUCUGCAAAUAUUCUUGCCUCUCAUACGGGGAGGGAAGGGGAGAUCAAAGCGAUCAGAAUCCAAAUCCAAGCCGGUCCCAAUUUUAUAACUUUUUUCACAGCUCACGUGGAUAAUCCAGAGAAAACGGCCUCAACCUUUCGUGGAAAUUUCUACCUCACUGGAGACAGAGGGUGGAUGGACGAAGAUGGAUACCUGUGGUUUGUUGCGAGAGCCGACGAUGUCAUUAUGUCUUCUGGGUAUCGUAUUGGGCCCUCCGAAGUAGAAAAUGCAUUAAUCGAACACCCUGCUGUGGUUGAGUCUGCCGUGGUCAGCAGCCCAGAUGCUAUCAGAGGGGAGGUGGUGAAAGCUUACGUCGUCCUGUCUCCUUCCUUUGCAUCCCAUGAUAAGGAGGAGCUAACCCUUGAGCUUCAAGACCACGUCAAGAAAACGACAGCUCCUUACAAGUAUCCCAGAAAAGUGGAGUUUGUCCACCAGCUGCCAAAAACUGUCAGCGGCAAAAUCCGAAGAAAUGAAUUAAGGAAAAAGGAAUGGGAACAGAUCAAGCACGGCACUCACAUAUGGUAAAAGUUCUCCACCACCCUGUUCAGGAUUAGGUAGUAAAGUCCAAAAGGGACACCAAAUAUGUGCAAUACAUGUAUGCAGUUUUAUAUUUUAGGGGUUAUUGAAGGGGGAAAAAACGGGACAGAUGUUAAACAAGGACUUAAUUUUAAACUAAUUCCUUGUGAUUUGAAAGCUUGUGGGGAAUUCAGCUCAUCCCUAUUGGUUGUUCAAUUGCAUCAACCUCCAGAACAGAUGAAGGGCACCGGGGAAGGGGGCGGGGCAAACAACUCCAUUUGCAGGUCCUUGUACGACAGUUUGAGCCCCCAGUUUCCACUAGUAAAGAGAACUGGCUCUUUUCCAAUUUUCUAUGUGAAUUUUCUACCAUGUCAAUUUCAAUGUGAAUGUAUUUGUACAACUUUGAAUUGCUAGUAACUGAUGGAAAGGUGGAGCAGACAUCUGAAAUAAAAGCUCUUUAUAUUAGGACACACCACGAUAAUGGACUGAUUGUUGUCUGAAGGCACAGAAUAAACACUUCUACCUGCCUUGUAGUAAAA